CACAGAAAGCAACUCAGAGAUUGUUUGGUUGUCCGGUUUUUACUCUGGUUCGUUUGUAACAAAGUCAAAAAAAAUAAGCAUUCUUUAACCACUCUGCAUUCUUCACCUAAUCAGAUUAGACAAGUGCUUUCUUUGUAAGAGUUAGGUUGUACUUCAUAGAAAUGUCGUCAAUCUUUUGAUAAGUUAUCAGUUGUACUUUAUCUUUUCAUAGCCAUUAGAUUCAAAUAUAAAGUACUAGAUUAGUUGAGAUUGAAUGGUCCAGCUUUGAAUAGUGCAGUCCACGCUACUACAUACACUAAUAGCUGCUGUCCCGCUUCUUUUCUCUUCCACUCGCGCAUACCAGAAACAAAUCUUCCUGCACUUUCUUGCAUUCUGAUCCUUUGCAUUGCUUUUAGCAUUGAAGAUUUGACUUGCACCAUCACUUUACUUCAGGAAAAAGGGUUCCAGCCAAGCCUUCUUUUUUGGUACUAAACUGGAAGUGGGUUUUGAGUUCUGGUGAUGAAUGGAUAGAGAAAAAAAGUAAAAAUAAGGAGAUGAGGGCGGUGGAGCUAGCUGUGGAGAUCAUUUUUCUAGGCUGCAUUCUGCUACGGGGGCCAAGCUUCACCAGUGCAGACACAGAUCCAAAUGAUGGUCAGUUUGCUUGCUUGUAGACUCAAAGCCUCUGUCUCUCUCUCUUUUCUUUUCUAAUUUUCUGUGGUAUGAACUCUGAAGUGAGUUUAUGCACUUGAAAAAUGAGCCGUAGAAUGCAUGCAAAUGUAGUGUCUCUUCUUACAAACUAUAGUCAUUGGUGUACAUCUUAGUAUUGAUCUUUUGACUCCUAUUAAAGCAGUUAAUAGUAGAAUUAUUGGAAUUUUGGAUGUACAAUUGCUGCUCUUUUGGACCUGUAUAGAAAUUUGAGUUGCCCACCCCAGCUGACCAAUUGGAAACCAAAUGGUGGUGAUGCUUGUGAAGAAAAUUGGAAAGGCAUUACCUGCUCUGGCUCAAGAGUAACAGCAAUAAAUCUAGCUAGUGAUGGCUUCAGUGGUAGCCUUCCCUACUCCAUCUCACAGAUGACUUCCCUUAAGUACAUAAAUGUUAGUCACAACAAAUUUCAUGGCCAUCUAAGAGAUAUGUUUGCAUCUCUUACAAGUCUAUUCAUUCUGGAUCUCUCUUUUAAUGUGAUGUCAGGUGAUCUUCCUAAAAGUUUCAGUUUAUGCUCCAAUUUGACUUUUAUGGAUUUACAGAACAAUCAGUUUACGGGUACCAUUGAUGUCCUUGCCAAUCUCCCUCUUAAAUAUUUGAACAUUGAGAACAACCAUUUCAGUGGCAAGAUUCCUGACCGAUUGAAAGGCAUAAAUCUGCAAAUAGGCGGUACCUCUGGUCCUGCACCUGGUGCUAGCAGACCUAAUGGCUUCGGUAUUGGAGGUAUUUUAGCAACUGUGAUUUUCCUUUCAGUCGUGGGAGCCAUGAUAGCAUUUUUUAUCAUGAAAAGGAGAUCAAGGAAGCCAUCCACGGUGAUAGAAAAUUACCCUGUUUUUCCACUUGCUUCGCAUGAAGAACAAGAGAUGAAGUCUAUUCAAUCUUCUUCCACAACUCGCUUAGAGCCUCUCCACCUAUUGAUGAUCAGAAAUUAGUUGAUGAAGAUGAUACAUCAGUGAUCAUCUAGUAUUGAAUUAGUUACAGUUACUGAAUUUAGGAGAUUAGCCAAAAAUGAAACUGAUGGUUCAAAAGAAAGCAUGUAUCUAGUAUUCAAACAAUUACAGAAAGGAACGGAGGCAAAUUUCAUUUACGGAUCAUUUUCUAAUCUA